AUGGGCAUCACGGACUGUUUACGCAACCAUCGUAUCCUCUUCCUCGGGCAGAGCAUCUCGCUCUUCAUCACGGCCACGAGCAUCUGCACGCAAGAGCUCACGCUCAACUACGGGGUCGAGCUCGCAACGACGCAGAACGUGGGCAACUACUUUCUCUUGAUCGGAUACCUCGCGCAUCUAUGGUGGACGACGCCUGACUUCCGCUCCGAGACACCGUGGUGGCAGUAUGCGCUCAUCGCACUAGCGGACGUCGAAGGCAACUUCCUCACAGUCCUCGCGUACAAGUACACGACGAUCACGAGCGUCAUGCUGCUCGACUGCUUUACGCUGCCCGUGGUCAUGUUCCUGUCCAUCAAUUUCCUGGACGCCAAGUACACGCGCGUGCAUUUCACCGGCGUCGCCUUGUGCUUAUCAGGCAUCACGUUCCUCAUGAUCUCGGACAUUGUCCGCGCGCAGGACCAAGUGGACGCGUCGACCGACUGGCACGCGCUCUUCGGGGACCUUCUUUGCCUCUUUGGCUCGACGAUCUACGCCAUCUCGAACGUGGCCCAAGAACACUGCGUGAAGACCAAAUCUCGGCGGGAGUUCCUCGGUAUGCUGGGCCUCUUUGGCUUUGCCCUCAGCGCCGUCCAAGCCUACGCCUACGAGCGCCACACCUUUGAAGCCAUCGAGUGGUCGGCGGGAAGUGUCGUCUUCUUUAGCGGCUACGUCCUCGGGCUCUUCCUCAUGUACUCGGUCACCUCGGUCAUGCUGCGGGAAGGCGACGCGGCGAUCUUCAACAUGUCGUUGCUCACGUCCGACUUUUUCGGGGUCGUCGCUGGCGUCUACUUGUUCCAGCAGUCGCUCAGCUGGCUCUACUGCGUCGGCUUUGUCUUCAUCAUCUCGGGCCUCGUUGUCUACAGCCGCGCACCACCGCCGACCGCUCGGGGCAUCGAAGGACACAAGGCCGACGACGCCACCAUCCGUCUGCUACCCGAGGCCAAGUAA